GGCAGACACCGCCGCUGCUGAACACCGACGUUAACGACGUAUACACAUCGCACCACGUACAUAACGACGAAGCCGUCGUCCGAAACGGUCCGGGUGGCGCUUUCGCUUCGCCACUGCAGUGUGUCGUCGCCGCCGCCGGUUCUCCGCCCCGCUCCGCCGCCGUUCGUUACUCUCUUUUUUUUAUUUCUAUUACUAUUACUAUUACUAUUAUUAUUAUUUCGUCCGCCGCCGCCCUACCAACCUACUCGCCGUCGUCGCUGCGACGUUGCGUUGUUUCGCCAUGGUCGUGCUGUGAACCGACAAGGAAACUGGCAACCGGGCAACAUGAGCGCGUACAAAAAACGUUACAAGACCACCGCAAAUGCUGCGAACAGUGAUAAACAACAACAUGUAUCACCCAGAGUGACAUUAAGACUUACCAACACGGGUAAUAAUCAAUUUAAGAGUUCGUCUGCUCGACAGGAUGAGAAGAACAAGAAAAUAGCUGAGGAACAGAACACCAGCAUGACGAACGAUACAAAAACUGUUGAGACUGAAGAAAAACCAGAAACACCCAUCCAGUCGGUUUCUCAAUCAUCUGCAAAUGUAUCAACUAGUGCAUCAGCAGAGAGUACAUCAGCUAGUACUUCUAAAGAAAUUGAAUCCAAAGAUGGUGGUUCGKGUGAAGUAACUGAUUCUGUUAAUACCUCAUCAAACGAAUCAACUGUGAAACCAUCAAAAGAAACAGAUAACUUAAAACGUCCUCUAGUUGAAGAAGAUGAAGAAGUUAAACCAAAAAAACGCAAAGAAGAUCAUAGCCAAAGUUCUAAAGGUAAAAAUGAAGCUUCUAGUCCUAAACCUGAUAGCGAUGAGGACAAGUCUGGUGGUUCGGGGCCUUCUAAUGCAGACAGUCCAGGAGGUGGCCCUAAAGUACCUCCAUUAAAAAUUGUGAUACCUACUACUGAUGCUGAUACCGGUACAAGAACAAAUGGCAAGAAUGGUAAUAGAUCACAUCAUCAUACAGCAUUACCCUAUGUAGUGCCAUCUGAAGAGUCGCCACCGGCAUCCAAUCAGCCUAACUCGCCAAAGUCUCCACAGAAAGUGGCUUCGGAUACAAUAGCUGUAGAAGAGCAAAAGUCCCCUCAAACUAGAGUAUUACGGUCAUCAAACAGAUGCGGAAGUAACAGUAGUGGUGCACCAAGUCGUGGUACUUCUCCAAUUGUUCCCGACGAACAGGUGGCUCAAACUACUUCACCAGCUGCUGUGGUAGUAGAUGCAGGAUCAAGUAAUCCGUCACCGUCUGCUACUCGUUCAGAACAGUCUGAAAAUGCAUCGGCRAUUGUUUCUGGAGAUGACAAACAGGCAACUACUACUGCUACAGCUACAGCAACUACAACAUCUGAAUCUACAGCCACUGCUGAACUAUCAGGCAUAGAAUUACAUCCAAGACGACGCAAAUUAAAAGCUAGCCGUACGGAAUCCGAGACUAGUGAUACUUCAUCUGCCGCCAAUGUUACUGCUGUAGAAAUUAAUCMAUCCGGCACAACCAGUGAACCUGCUCCUGUAACUAAUUGUUAUCAAAUGUUUUUAAACAUCAGAAAACAAAUUGAUAAGAGACGUAAAAAUUUGUUUCCUGUGCAACCAAAACCACCGUCUGGAUUUAAAGACUAUCUCAUGAACAGGUGCACAUACGUUUUAGCUGGUAACUCUAACAGCCGUGUAGUAAAUACACAAACCCCAUCACCAGCCAAUUUACACGAGCAGUUGAAAAAGCUGUUUGUUGAACAAGAAAAGGAGAGACAAAGACUUCGAGUGCAGCACAUAGUAGAAAAAGAAAAGUUGGUGUUGAGUGUUGAACAAGAGAUACUUAGGGUUCAUGGAAGGGCAGCUCGUGCAUUAGCUAACCAGCUUUUACCAUUUUCUGUAUGUACUAUACUCAAGGACGAUGAAGUAUAUAAUAUUAUGACACCCGAGCAAGAAGAAGAGAAAGAUAGACAUGCGCGAUCUCGUUAUAAUGGUCGUCUUUUUUUGUCAUGGUUACAAGAUGUUGAUGAUAAAUGGGAAAAAAUUAAGGAAUCAAUGUUAUUGAGACAUCACAAUGAGGCAGAGAGCUUACACGCUGUACAGAAAAUGGACUGGGGAUGGAAGUUGAAAGAAUUACAGUUAUGUACCUAUAGCUCUGAACCCAAUAUUGAUGAAGAGCAUGUACCGAUGGUUCUAGUCAGUGACGAUUUCGAUCUCUUACCUGCCUAACCUAACUUUGUUAUUUAUUAACAUGUUGGUGCAGUGUCAACUUUCGAGCAAUGUUUGUUUAUUUGACCAGRCUAUAAUUGAUGUUAUUAUUGUUAUGGAUAAAAAUAAAUAUUAUACUUGACACUUCCAAA